AGGAGGUUAAAUCAUCAUGAAGAGUGCCAUUCUUGAAGCCCGCUCCAGUGCAUCUGCAGGUACCCACUAUAAAUAAUGAGCCUAUAGGACUAUGCCAUAAAGGCAGCUUGCAGUUCUCCCCUCUCAUACCGCCCACUAUACACACACACACACACUCUCUCUCUCCCUCCCUCUCUCUCUCCCUCUCUCUCUCUCUCUCACGCACGCGUGCGCACACACUCACGCACACGCUCUUAGAGGUGGGAGUGGAUGCUCGUGUAGCUGCUGGAAGCCAGGAUGGGAUAAUCAUGCGUGUCUGGCUCCGGGCGUUGAUGCAGCUGCCGUUGCUGGAUCCGGACUGGACUCGGGGCGCAGGGUGGGUCUAGUUCCCGACCGGAGCUAUCUGGACCUCAUGUCGAUGUUAUCAAGCAUUCCGAGAAAGACGAGGGCGAUGGCCGUGAGAGGAGUUGGUGCAGCUCUGUGAAACGUCCAGGCGAGAGAAAUCGACCGUUUUCGCCGAUGGAGGAGAAGAAUUCACCGGUAUUAAAGCGCAGCCCCGGUGUGGAAUAACUUGGAACAGGGGAGAAAGGAUACCGAGGCACCCGUUAGAGGAUAUCGAGGAAGCCAUUCACUUGUUUUCUGUAUGUUUUUUUUAAACUGGGAUAGAGAGAGAAACGCACCUGGAUCAGUUUUGCAUCGAUAAUUAGGAGAAGACUGCCUCCUUGGAGCGACCGGCAGCCGCAUCCGACCGACCGGGGAGGGGGGGAUACUUGGAUGGCGAGGGCGCAGUGAAGGCUGAGAGAGCGGCUUGCCGUGUGUAGGAGGGGACGGAGGGAGACCGGGCAGUUUGAAGGGACGGGGAGCCAGGAGCGGCGCGGCGGCUCCAUGAGCGGCUCCUGCCGGGACAGAGCGCCCAGAGCCCAGCCGGAGCGUCUCCACCGCCGCGGGUAGGACCCCGGGCCAAAGGACGGCGGCCAGUUUGGAAGUUUUGAUGCAUAUGAUCACAACCACCAUGAUUUUUAUGAUUCUUGGUGCUUCAGUUGUAAUGGCGAUAGCCUGUUUAAUGGACAUGAACGCACUACUGGAUCGCUUUCACAACUACAUCUUACCGCAUCUACGAGGGGAGGACCGCGUCUGUCACUGCAACUGUGGAAGGCAUCAUGUCCACUAUGUAAUCCCAUAUGAUGGGGACAAUUCAUUGGUGGACUCAUCAGAGAACUACUUUGUGAGUGACAGUGUGACCAAGCAGGAGAUGGACUUGAUGCUGGGGCUGCUGCUGGGCUUCUGCAUUAGCUGGCUGCUGCUGUGGCUGGACGGAGUCCUACACUGUGCCGUCAGGGCCUGGAGGGCGAGUCGCUACUACGACACCCCGUCCUGGUCAUGGCUGCCCCAGUUCUGCAACCUUCGAGACCUCCGUCGCCGGGCCCAGCUCAGACAGCUGGAAGACUCCAGCGGCAACAUGGUCCACAUCAAGCAGAAGCUCUACCACAACGGCCACCCCAGUCCCCGCCACCUCUGACUCUAAAAAACAAAACAAAACAAAAAAAAAACUAGACCCCGCCCCUUCUCAAAUCUCUUUACUCCUCCCUUCCAAAACCCCUCACUCCCCUUCCCAAACUGCCCCAUGGCCAAUUGUUGCCUCAGAGACCCUGGAAAACUGCCCUCCCACUGUUCAUAACAUGGCCCCCUUAAAACCCCAUGACAGGACUUUCUUAUGUCAAAACCCGGCCCCUGUCAGCAC